AUGGCUCUAUGCAAGGGAUACAUGUGGUCCAUUAUCGAGGUUUCAACCGGGAUUGUCUGCACAUGUCUGCCAACGAUGCGAGUACUCUUCAAGACUGCCUUCGGUGGCGCUUUUACGAAAAUAUUCGACAUGUCCAGCGGGAAGGCCAGCCAUCAACCGUCAAGCAAUACACCGUGGUCUAGAACAAAGGAGCGUUAUAAUGAUAUUGGGGAUGUAAGGUCCGUGGAGGGGCUUUCCAACUCCGACCAUACAAACAAUGCUUCGGAAUGGCAUGGUGCAGGUUGGGACACCAGCUCGCAGCGGAUUCUAGUCACCCAGGAGGUAAAUAUUGAACUUCAGCCAGUCAAACAGGAGACAUCUGGGAAGGUAACUUAA